AUGGCAACAAGCGUCAUUAUCAGAGAUGUUGGCGUGGGUGGAUAUCCUUCGCGGCCUCCGUUUGUUCAGCUAGAGAGCGCCUCGGUGAACUCUUCUGGCGAAUACUGCAUGAUGCUGUCCAGCGGGGAGCAAGAACAGAAGAAUGCAGCUACGAGCGGGCCUACGAUGGAGGAGAAGCUCGUUGCUUGGCGAGAUUUGGCUUGCGGCAUGAUGCAGCAUGCAUGUUAA